CAGCAGUUGGACCAUGCCUUGGACUUGAUGCGGCGCCUGCCACCGCAGCAGAUUGAGAAGAACCUCAGUCACCUGCUCGAUCUGGUGCCCUCCCUCUGCGAAGACCUGCUCUCCUCGGUGGAUCAGCCGCUGAAGGUGGCCCGAGACCGGCAGACGGGCAAGGACUACCUGCUCUGUGAUUACAAUCGCGACGGUGAUUCGUACAGAUCUCCCUGGAGCAAUCAGUACGACCCGCCGAUGGAGGACGCCAAUCUGCCCUCGGAGAAGCUGCGCCAGCUGGAGGUGGACGCGAACCACGCCUUCGACAUGUACCGGGAGAUGUACUUCGAGGGGGGCGUCUCCUCCGUCUACUUCUGGGACCUCGAUCACGGCUUCGCCGGCGUCAUACUGAUCAAGAAGGCCGGCGACGGGUCGAAGAAGAUCAAGGGCUGCUGGGACUCGAUUCACGUCGUCGAGGUGCAGGAAAAGUCGAGCGGCCGAAAUGCCCACUACAAGCUGACGACCACUGUGAUGCUGUGGCUGCAGACGAACAAGCAGAGCUCCGGGACGAUGAACCUCGGCGGCAGUCUGACGCGGCAGAUUGAGGCGGACAACGUCGUCACCGACUCUGCUUCGCACAUCGUCAACAUUGGCCGCAUGGUUGAGGACAUGGAGAACAAGAUCCGCAACACCCUCAAUGAGAUCUACUUCGGCAAGACGAACAACAUCCUCAGCAGCCUGCGCUCGGUGAACUCGCUCAAUGAGAUGAAGGUCCAGGAGGCGGUAAAGAAUGAGCUUGCGCAGGCGUUGCAGAAGCGACAGAAGGAGUAG